AUGAUUUCCCCCAUUAUCCUCAUUCCAUUAUUGGGUGCCAUCGCCUCUGCGCAAACAACAACUGUCGAUGUCCUCUUUCCUGUUGAGGGCAUCAAGUCAGUCUACGGUUCCGUAGUGGCAGCCAGUCCCCAAGUCACCACGUUCGCCCUUCACUGCGGUGAAAAAGUCGACAAUGUUCAAUGCGAAAUCAUCGGGACCCAGACCGUGGUCGUAGGACCCGAAACCUUGUCCAUCAACUACUCGUUUGAUGGAAACGACAAGGUUUCUUACUUCUCCGAGGAUCUGAACUGCAAGAUCAAGACCGCCGAAGCGAGCUGCCAUAUCUGGAUCCAGAGCGUGAACUCGGCUGGCGAAAAGGUUACCACGUCCAUAUCGAAGUAUGAAAUGAACACCAAGACCCGCCUGAUGCCCGCCAUCAUCACCGGAGGAGCUGAAAAACUCCAGGCCGCAGAGGCCACCGCGACUCCCACGCCGGGUGAUAAGACAUCCGCUGCUGGAACUCAUGCACAUGAGACGCACAAAGUUGCUGGAACCUCUUCAGUGCCCACGUCUACUCCAUCCGAAGCCACAGGCGAUGCAGCUCGGGGGAUGUCACUCCACGGUGCAAUGGUCGGGCUAGUUGCUGUUUCUGUAGCCUUCCUGAUCAUGUAG